CAAGUCUUCAACUGAGCCACACAUCUUGGGAAUGACGUUCUGAGCUCCGGUUCUCGUGCCAGUCGACCAAGCAAGGAUGUCUUGGCAGGGAGCUCUGAAAUAUUGGGCGGAGAAGGCGGGAUGUGCCGAGCUGGACUUUGUCGGCACCAGCCAGUUUGCACGGGUUUGGACCUAUUCCUUGAUCUAUGCGCUGGUGAUGACCGUCGGCAUCACCGUGCCUUUCCGAUGGUGCUCCCGUGGCAAAGCUGCUGUGAAGAUCUACGACGCGCCGCCUGAAGACGAUCCUGAAGAGGGUGUGGAUGAGUCCUCCCCGAAGACGGCGAGGACCAACAAGACUAAUAAGACCUACAAGACCUACGACGCCAGCCAAGCCACAGAUCCCACACCCAAUUUGGAGGAAGCACGGAAGCACUUGAUCCACACCAGUGCAACGACACAUCAUCAAUGGCUGAGCCCUCUCUGGACGCCCACCUAUCGCCUCAGUGAAAUAGGUGGGACGGGAACAGAGCUGUACUUUAGAACCUUGAGGAACUUGGCAUUCAUCUUCGCGUAUAUGGCUGGGAUCACUGGGCCCUUGUUGGCUUUCUGCUGGUUGGGGACCUUCGGCCCUGACACCGGUCAGUUCUUGCUGAAGACCACGAUUGGUAACUUGGGCGAGUACGUCGAGGCAGAUGUCAUUGAUCCCUGGAAUCGAGUUGUACGUUUGGGGUGCGAAGGCAUGGAGUUGGUGAAGCUCACGGGGAUCUUUGGUUGGCUCGACUUCUCGGCAGUCAUUGUCUUUUUGAUCUAUCUCAUUUGGGCUCGCUUCUAUCAGAUCCCCAGGAUGGCAGAAGCGGAUGACUUGGAACAAGUCACGCCGAAAGACUAUGCGUUGACCAUCGAAAGUCUGCCUGCCACCAUCCCCAACCAGCAAGAAUACGAGCAGCGCUUGGAGCAACAUUUGCUGGAACGCCUUCGAUACACACGAGGCCGCCGGCCUUCGCCCUGGGAGCUGCCAGAACCCUCGAUUGAAGAGAUCGUCCUGGUCCGCGACUACAAAGGAAGGCUUCAUGAACUGACGGAGCGUGCCAAGCUGGAGAUCAGUGUUGGCAUCGCGAAGGCUCAUGCAAAGGGGAAGCCAAGCAAAAGCGUCGACAAGCUGGAGGCAAAGUUGGCGAAGCUCAACGAGAAGUUGGCAUCGAAGUUGGACGGUGAAGAUCUCCUGCCAGUUGUGCGAGCGUACGUCAUUCUGAGCAACACGGAGGAUGUCCAGAAUCUCUUGUUCGAUUAUCGCUUUGCGAAGUACAAGCUCUUCCGCUGCUGCCAAUUCCGCUCUCGGCGUUUCGAAGGUACUGCGAUUCGUGUGACCCGGGCGCCUCAGCCCACAGACAUCAUUUGGGAGAACCAGGACAUCGGAUUCUACAAUCGCUUGCUCCGUCAAAUAGCGGUGUUCUUGAUUUUCUUCAUCAUCCUGUCAAUCUCGAUCGCGUUCAUCUACCUGACCACGGUGGCCAGCAAAGCCACCUCGAAGACACAGGUGAGCUACUUGGGCGUUCCGGAGUGCGACCCUGUGGAUCAGAUCGUUGACCUGGAAGGGAAAGAGCAGUACAAGUGCUUGGUCCAAGUUGCUGCCAACUGGACCAUCGACUACGCCACAUCUGAAGGUGGUGACAUCCUGAGUUGCUGGUGCACAGCACAAGGAUACGAAGCUUUGAUCUCCAACUCAGCUCUUCGCAAUGCCUGUGGCCCCUGGUUUUUUAGAACUGGCGACCUCUAUCGGGAUUGCCACCGGCUCCUCAGUGAUCGUCACGGUGAUCAACUUGAUCCUUCAGCUGGUGAUCACGUACCUGGCGGAGUUCGAACGGCCCCUGAGCCACACGGCGCUCAAUAGCUCGAUGAUUCAAAAGGCGUUCUGGGCACAAACACUGAAUACGGGCUUUGUGCUCUUUGUGGUAAACUACUUUGCCCCAGAGGCUUUGCGAAAUCUGGUCUUGGCAAUUCCUGGCGUAGGAUUCUUGCUCUUCCGCGGCCCUUUCGCAGAGAUCACCCGUGGAUGGUAUGCCGUGGUAGGCGUCACCUUGGUGACGAACAUGGUGAUCAACGCCUUCGUCCCUGCCAGUGUGACCAUCGCGAAGAUGUUCGUCACCAGCUUCAUGAGGUGUUGCAAGCGUGGACGAGUGGCACACCAGGCAGAACUUAUCGAGCUUUACACCAACCCGGAGUUCGACAUUAAACAGAAGUACGCCCAGCUGCUCACCACCAUUUUUGUGACGGUGAUAUACGGCUCUGGUUUGCCGCUUCUCUACUUCUUGGCUGCGGUCUUCAUGUUCAUGCAGUUUUGGGCUGACAAGUACAAUUUGCUUUGGGGCUCGCGAAGGCCACCUGCUUAUGAUACCAAGAUGGCCAAAGAAGCAAUCGAUAGCAUGUUCUACGCGAUACCUUUCCACUGUAUCCUGGCCAUUCUCAUGUUUGGACAAACCUGCGUCUUUCCCUCCGACCCGAUCGGAGGAGACUUGGGAGACUUGGCCAAUCAGGGCGCCAGCGAGAGCCCCGGGAUGUUGGCCCAGUUCUUCCCACAGUUCACCCGAGAGUCCACGUGGAUGUUUGUCAUUCUUCUGGCCCUGCUCAUAGUGCUGUGGGUCUGUCGCUUAUUGGCUUGGAUCAUCGGUGGUGGCGUCUCCACGGCUUCAGACUUCCUGGUGGCUCUUUGCUGUCCCCGAUGGCGCAAGUCUCAGCCAUCAAUGGACGAAAUCAAGGCAGCUUUGAAGAAGGGGGAGCGCCAGAUCAAUGGACACACCAUCGACGUGGCUGCCACCAUGAACUGGGACAGAGCUUUCGGUCACAUUGAGCAGACCUUCCCACCGGCGUCCUAUCGGUUCGAGCGGCACCCGCAGCUGAAGAGCAUCGCUCAUUUGUUGCGGCCCAGCUCUCCCAGUCGUCCCAAUACAUCCCGGACUGAAUCUGGAGAAGGAGGCACUGCAGCGGCCUCCGGCUUGCGACCUGCAGCGGAGGCGAACGCAUCGCCAGUGCCCGAGACGGCUGCCAGAGGCUUCCUCAAGGCCUUGGAAGCCGAGUACCUCCAGGGGACCCAAAAUGCGGUGGGUGACUUCUUCAGCACCGCCGACAUCGACGACUCCAAGAAGGAUGCACUGGCGAAGAUCGAAGACGAGGUGCGGGCGUCGGAGCAGAGGGAGAAGAAGAUCUCCGAGCUCCGAACUUCCUGGGGCUAUCAUUGAGGCACCCCAUGAAGGGUUGGCCGAUGCGACUGUCCUUUUUGACCUCAAUAGGCCAUACCCUUUUGUGGCACCUGGGUUUUCAAGUGCAUUGUGCACAAUGCGGGUUUCGAAUGCUUGGGUAGCCACUGGGCCACUGGGCC